AUGUAUCUUCACAGCAUUCAUCGGUUUGUAAUCUGUAGCGUUCACCCCCUCUCUCACUCUUUUUAUCUCUCUAUCCGCAAUACAUUUUCUCUUUACCUGUCCCUUGUCGCUCAGUACGUUUUCUCUUUACCUGUCCCUUGUCGCUCAGUACGUUUUCUCUUUACCUGUCCCUUGUCGCUCAGUACGUUUUCUCUUUACCUGUCCCUUGUCGCUCAGUACGUUUUCUCUUUACCUGUCCCUUGUCGCUCAGUACGUUUUCUCUUUACCUGUCCCUUGUCGCUCAGUACGUUUUCUCUUUUCCUGUUCCUUGUCGAUCAAUUCAUUUUUUUCUUUUCCUGUACCUCCGCAAUACAUUUUCUCUUUACCUGUCCCUUGUCGCUCAGUACGUUUUCUCUUUACCUGUCCCUUGUCGCUCAGUACGUUUUCUCUUUACCUGUCUCUUGUCGCUCAGUACGUUUUCUCUUUUACCUGUCCCUUGUCGCUCAGUACGUUUCUCUUUCGCUCAGUACGUUUUCUCUUUACCUGUCCCUUGUCGCUCAGUACGUUUUCUCUUUACCUGUCCCUUGUCGCUCAGUACGUUUUCUCUUUACCUGUCCCUUGUCGCUCAGUACGUUUUUCUCUUUACCUGUCCCUUGUCGCUCAGUACGUUUUCUCUUUUUCCUGUUCCUUGUCGAUCAAUUCAUUUUUUUCUUUUCCUGUACCUCGUAUCUAAAUAAAUUUGGUCUUUUUCGGGUCCUGUGUAGCACAAUACAUUUUGUCCUUUCUGUCCCUUGUAGCCCAAUAUAUUUUGUCUUUUCUUGUCCCUUCGCAAUACAUUUUCUCUUUACCUGUUUCUUGUCGCUCAGUACGUUUUCUCUUUACCUGUCCCUUGUCGCUCAGUACGUUUUCUCUUUACCUGUCCCUUGUCGCUCAGUACGUUUUCUCUUUACCUGUCCCUUGUCGCUCAGUACGUUUUCUCUUUACCUGUCCCUUGUCGCUCAGUACGUUUUCUCUUUUCCUGUUCCUUGUCGAUCAAUUCAUUUUUUCUUUUCCUGUACCUCCGCAAUACAUUUUCUCUUUACCUGUCCCUUGUCGCUCAGUACGUUUCUCUUUACCUGUCCCUUGUCGCUCAGUACGUUUUCUCUUUACCUGUCUCUUGUCGCUCAGUACGUUUUCUCUUUACCUGUCCCUUGUCGCUCAGUACGUUUUCUCUUUACCUGUCCCUUGUCGCUCAGUACGUUUUCUCUUUACCUGUCCCUUGUCGCUCAGUACGUUUUCUCUUUUCCUGUUCCUUGUCGAUCAAUUCAUUUUUUUCUUUUCCUGUACCUCCGCAAUACAUUUUCUCUUUACCUGUCCCUUGUCGCUCAGUACGUUUUCUCCUGUCCCUUGUCCUCAGUACGUUUUCUUUUACCUGUCUCUUGUCGCUCAGUACGUUUUCUCUUUACCUGUCCCUUGUCGCUCAGUACGUUUUCUCUUUACCUGUCCCUUGUCGCUCAGUACGUUUUUCUCUUUACCUGUCCCUUGUCGCUCAGUACGUUUUCUCUUUACCUGUCCCUUGUCGCUCAGUACGUUUUCUCUUUACCUGUUCCUUGUCGAUCAAUUCAUUUUUUUUUUUUCCUGUACCUCCGCAAUACAUUUUCUCUUUACCUGUCCCUUGUCGCUCAGUACGUUUUCUCUUUACCUGUCCUUGUCGCUCAGUACGUUUUCUCUUUACCUGUCCCUUGUCGCUCAGUACGUUUUCUCUUUACCUGUCCCUUGUCGCUCAGUACGUUUUCUCUUUACCUGUCCCUUGUCGCUCAGUACGUUUUCUUUUUCCUGUUCCUUGUCGAUCAAUUCAUUUUUUUUUUUCCUGUACCUCUACGUUUUCUCUUUUUUACCUGUCCUUGUCGCUCAGUACGUUUUUCUCUUUACCUGUCCCUUGUCGCUCAGUACGUUUUCUCUUUUCCUGUUCCUUGUCGAUCAAUUCAUUUUUUUCUUUUCCUGUACCUCGUAUCUAAAUAA